AUUCCAUUGGGAUGUCAUAUGAAUUACAACUGGAAAGUUUUAACGAAGCUAGUUUGUAAAGGGCCUCUAAUCCAGUGUUAAGUCCUCCAGAGAUUCUACAAGUGUACAGCCCUGGGCACCAGAAGGAGGGUUCCCUACCGAGAUCUCAGCACCAAAGUGAAGUGACGUUGCCUCUGAGCUCUCACACCCUGGGGACCUGCAAUACAUCCCAAGUGGAGAGACUGCUGACUUGAAAUUUUUGCCAAAGUGUCAGAGCAUAACCUAGAAGAAAGUGCGUGUGGCUAUUGCCAGAACAAUUUCUGACCUUCCCACCAGGACUGAAGUGACAUUGGAAUAUUGAGAACACAUUGAGGAGUGGAUGACUUCGAAGGAUUGAUCUAGAUGCUUGGGGAGAAAGCUCUGUCUUCUCAAGACUUUGCCCUUCCCCAACAAGAGAGUAUUGAGCAAGAGAGGAUGAACUCUGCACUUCCUACAGCCAGAUCCCAGGAAUCAUUGUCCUUCAAGGAUGUGGCUGUGGACUUCACCCAGGAAGAAUGGGGGCAACUGGACCCUGAUCAGAGAUAUCUGUACAAGGAUGUAAUGCUGGAGAACUAUAGAAAUCUGGUCUCAGUUGGACAUCAGGUUUAUAAGCCAAAUCUGAUAUCUCAGUUGGAGCAAGGAGAAGAGCCUUGGAUUAUAGAUAGAGAAAUCCCAAGAGGUGCAUUCCCAGAUUGGGAGAUCAGACCAGAAACCAAGAAGUCAGCUGCAGAGCAAGACAUUUCUGAAGAGAAAUCAUCCCAGAAGGUAACAGUGGAAAGAUUCCCAAGGAAUAGUAUAUGGCACUCUAAGCCAAGUGAAACCAGGAGAUUUGAAGACCAGCUUGGGGCCCCACAAGAAAUACAUGAGAGAUACCUAAAACAAACAAGAGUUGCCCAGAAUAAAAUCCUACCUGAGAAGAAAGCCCCUGAAAGUAAUCAGUUUAAUCUGGACUCAGUCCUUAUCAUGGAACAGAGUGUUCCCACUGGAGAGAGAUACCAUGAAUAUGAUAUAUAUGGAAAAACUUUUGAAUGUGAUUCAGACCUAAUUAGCCAACAGAAAAUCUGUGUACCGAAGUCUUAUGAAUGUACUGAAUGUAGGAAAAUUUUCAGUAAAGGUGCACUCCUUACACAACAUUGGAGAGUCCAUACUGGGGAGAAACCCUAUAAAUGUAAUGACUGUGAAAAAGCUUUCAGUAAGGCUACUCUCCUUAUACAACAUCAGAGAAUCCAUACUGGAGAGAAACCUUAUAAAUGUAACGAAUGUGGAAAAGCUUUCAGCCAAAGUAUAUGUCUUACUCGACAUAAAAGAAUUCACACUGGGGAAAAACCAUAUGAAUGCAAUGAAUGUGGGAGAGCCUUUAGACUGCGUGGACACCUUACUCAACACCAGAGAAUUCAUACUGGAGAGAAACCUUAUAAAUGUAGUGAAUGUGAGAAAACUUUUAGUCAGAGUACAGACCGUACUCAACACGAAAGAAUUCAUACUGGAGAGAAGCCCUAUAAAUGUAUUGAAUGUGGAAAAGCCUUUAGAUGUAGUACACAUCUAACUCAGCAUCAGAGAAUUCAUACUGGAGAGAAACCAUAUGAAUGUAGUGAAUGCAGAAAAGCAUUUUGUGAUAGGUCAUCCCUUAAUAAACAUCAGAGGAUUCAUACUGGAGAGAAGCCGUAUGAAUGUAGUGAAUGUGGGAAAGCCUUCAUUAGAAGUUCAGACCUUACCCAACAUUAUAGAACUCAUACUGGUGAGAAACCUUAUGAAUGUAAUGAAUGUGGAAAAGUCUUCAGCCUGCAUGUACAUCUUACUCGACAUCAAAGAAUCCAUACAGGAGAGAAACCUUACAAAUGUAUUCAAUGUGGGAAUGCUUUCAGGCACAGUUCAGCCCUGGUCAGACAUCUGAGACUUCAUAGUGGAGAAUAGUCCUAGGAAUUUAGUAAAUAAAAAAGUUUCUUUUGGACUUAACCCAUAUUCAAAUACCCUAUGGUCAUAAUAUAGCACCAGCCAUGAUUUUGUUUGGUGUACUUAAAUGAGAAACAUGCUGCUGCUUCCCCAUCUCUUUCCCUACUGUAUAUCUUUCUCCCAUAGUAUAUUCCCCAAUUUUUACAAGGGGUUCUCCAUCCAAUAGCAGUUCCUCUUAAAACCACUUUGCUUAAUGAUUCAUUUAACAGUAAUUUGACUAAGUUUAUAAGCAUUUUACAUUACUAGGUGGUUAUAUUUUUUACCUAAUUUUUUGUUUUGGGACUCCUAAAUAUUUUUGCAUUGUUUUUUGGUGAUGAAACACCAAAAGUAAUAUGUGAGUCUUAAUAGGGUUAAAGAAGUCGAUCAUUAGACGUAUUGACUUUAAGUGAAUUGGCUUGCUUUCCUUAGCACUAGAAUUACAUUGGUGUGAGUUAUGAGUGGACUUAUUUCCAAGUUUUCUUUAAAGAAGAAAUCAAUUGCAGUAUGCUGAAGCAUGGAAAGUUGGUUAUGUAUGUUAGUAAAAGGAGUACUACCCACAGUGGUAAAAUCACAGAGCUGGAAGGGACUUCAAAGAUCACCUCUUCCAACCAGUUUUACAGAUAAGGUAACAGGCCCAGGAAGGGUGACUUCCCAAGGUCAUACAGCUAAGGAGCAUUAGAUGAGGUAUCUGAACCUAAACCUCCUAACUAGUAUCAGUGCUUUUAAGAAAAUAGCCUUUGGGGGCAGCUAGCUGGCAUAGUGGAUAGAGCACCAGUCCUGGAGUCAGGAGGACCUGAGUUCAAAUUUGGCCUCAGAUACCUACUGUGUGACCCUGCGCAAGUCACUUAACCCCAAUUGCUUUGUUCUUCCCCGUUCCCCCCACCCCCCAAAAAAACCCACAAUCUUUGAGAGCAAAAGAAAUGAAUACAUAAAGGCAGCACUCACGGUUGUGGCAGGUUACAUUAGUGGGAAGAAAUGUUUUGAAUUUAACAUGAAUCACAUCAGCUUUUCACGUAGGAAUAGGUGUCAUAUUCCUGUCAACAUCCUAAUCAAUUUUUUAUUGAGAUGAGAACAAAUACUAUAUGUCAUUAAGUUUUAUUGGUAUAACUAAAUGAUACCAAAGUAUAUAAUUUGACUCAACAGGGCAACUCAAUAACACAGCUAAAAUUAUAUUUGAUGAUAAAAGAAUAUAUUCCAUCAAAUUCAUAUCUGGCCUCCUGACUUACUUGGAAUUGUAGCAAAUAAGAUGAUGAGGGAAAACCUCCAUUUGCAGAAUUCAGAUUUCCUUUGACAAGAUUUUUAUAGGCACUUAUGGUAAAAAAAAAUAAUAAUAAAGCAUUUGAGAGCUAUAGGGCCACUAAAUGGCUUUCCGAGAGACUGACUGAGAUAUCUGAUACAUUUAUCUUCUUACUGUGAAUUAUCCCAUAGAGGACACCAUAGGAAUUAAAAGAUCACUGCGUUGAGCUUCCUGCUGUAUGAUAAUGCAGUGUCUUUGCUGUUUUGGAUCUACCAUUUUAUCAUCACUAACAGCUUUACCUUGUACCUUAAUGUCAGGUGGGAGCACAACUGUCUUUCAAGUCAAUGAACCAACCCUUGCUGGAACUGAAUUUUUCAUUCUUUUGUCUCUUAGCAUGUUAUCGAUUCAUUUAAAAAAGAAAACCCUCAAAGCUUUGACAUUGUAUUGGAAUACAAAGGCUAUCAUCAUGAUUCUGAAUCAACAAAAUGAAAAAAAAAAACUAGCAUAGGGCAUUGGGCAAAGCAAGAUUUGGAGUUCAAAUCCUUGAUCUACUUCUCACUACCUGGGUGAUCUUGAACAAGUCACAUUAUGUGUCUAAGCCUUGACUUUCUCAUUCCUAAAGGAAUUAGACUAAAUGAUCUCUGAGGCCCCUUUCAGGUCUAAUCUAUGAUCCUUUUACCUCCCCACGUGAAUAUGUCUUCCUCAGUUUCCAUAAUCUAAUCCAUAAUCGUGCAUGUUGUCUUGGAAUAGUGGAUCGCAAUUAGAACCUCUGUUUUUCCUUGUUUCCAGGAAUUUGGGGGGAUUCCAUAUGAGGUAUGGUAAGACACUACUCAGUUACUUGGGGAGAGAAGUAUAUGUUGGUAUAAUUGCUAUAUGUUCUGUUUAUUUGUGUUUGUAUUUAUAUUUGAAUCUGUAACUGUAUAAAAUUUUAUUUUUCCUGAUUAUU